UUUUGUGCUUCACGCUUUGGACGACGAAGGACGUGCCGCACGUUUCAGAUUCGUGAAGUAGAAUCAGUUUUCGGUCACUAAAUUUUACACAUUCCCGGCGGAAACUUCCCAAAAAUAAAAAUGGCUCUAUCUCCGGACGCCAAGGAUCGACUGGGAGUGGUUUUCGAUGUCGUCAAAACCGCUUUCCACUGGGGUUUCAUUCCGACCGUGCUGUAUCUAGGUUUCCGGAAAGGAUCCGAAGCGGGAAUGCCACCUCUGACCGUGAUGAGUUUGCUUUGGCAGUAAAUUUAUCCAUGUUAAUAGAAUAAAAGAAAAAAAAAAUCUAACUAAAAAGUGUUUUAUUCUUUGUGUGUUCAAGUGGA